GCUGGCUGGCACCGCCCCUCGCUCCGCGUCCCCGCCCGCGGGAGGUGGGGCCCAGCGGCCACCACCACGCGCCUGCGGGGCAGUUUGUGCUCAGUGGCAGCGCCCGUCAAGAUGUCUGCGCUGAGGGUCACCCGGGUGCUUCGAGGCAUUGCUCAAUGUGGCUGGAGAUCACAAUCUAGUCAAGCUGCUGAAGUGUCACAUCAAAUUAAACCUGGAGCUGGCUUUAGUUUUGAGCUCAGUGAUGAACAGAGAGAGUUUCAAGCUACUGCUCGUAAAUUUGCUAGAGAGGAAAUCAUCCCUGUUGCUGCACAGUAUGACAAAACUGGAGAGUAUCCUGUUCCCCUUAUAAAACGGGCAUGGGAACUUGGUCUGAUGAAUUCACACAUACCAGAAAGUUGUGGUGGACUGGGCCUUGGCAGUUUCGAAGCUUGCCUUAUUACAGAAGAAUUAGCUUAUGGAUGUACAGGGGUCCAAACUGCUAUUGAAGCAAAUUCCUUGGGACAAAUGCCAGUCAUCAUUGCAGGAAAUGAGCAACAGCAGAAGAAAUAUUUGGGGAGAAUGACUGAGGAGCCAUUGAUGUGUGCCUACUGUGUAACAGAACCUGGAGCAGGCUCUGAUGUGGCUGGUAUAAAAACGAGAGCGGAGAGGAAAGGAGAUGAAUAUGUCAUUAAUGGUCAAAAGAUGUGGAUCACCAAUGGUGGCAAAGCUAACUGGUAUUUUUUGCUAGCUCGUUCCAGUCCUGAUCUGAAAGCCCCUGCCAGCAAAGCCUUUACUGGAUUUAUUGUGGAAGCAGACAGCCCUGGAAUCCACACUGGAAGAAAGGAGAUGAAUAUGGGUCAGCGCUGCUCAGAUACAAGAGGUAUUGUCUUUGAGGAUGUGAGAGUGCCCAAAGAAAAUGUUCUAAGUGCUGAGGGAGUUGGUUUUAAAAUUGCUAUGGGAGCUUUUGAUAAAACCAGACCUCCAGUAGCAGCAGGGGCUGUUGGGCUAGCACAGAGAGCAUUGGAUGAAGCUACUAGGUAUGCUUUGGAAAGAAAAACCUUUGGAAAACCAAUUAUAGAGCACCAAGCAGUGUCCUUCAUGCUGGCUGAAAUGGCAAUGAAAGUGGAACUAGCUAGACUGGCUUACCAAAGGGCUGCUUGGGAGGUUGAUGCUGGUCGCAGAAAUACUUACUUCGCAUCCAUUGCAAAGGCAUUUGCUGGUGACAUUGCAAACCAGCUAGCUUCAGAUGCAGUCCAGAUUUUUGGAGGAAAUGGAUUUAACAGUGAAUAUCCUGUAGAAAAACUAAUGAGAGAUGCCAAAAUCUAUCAGAUCUACGAAGGAACAGCUCAGAUCCAAAGGCUGAUCAUAGCACGUGAACAUGUUGGCAAGUUUAAAAGUUAAGGAAAAGCAUUGAUGUUGGCUGUCGAUGCCUUCAUAAAGGA